UUGGAUUUGAUUGGUUUGUAGUUGGUGCUGUUGGUAUGAAAUGAGAAUUCAAAGAUAACUUUGUAAUAUUUUAUUUGUUUUAUUUGGCUAAUAAAAUAAAAUAAACAUGGAGGAUAUCGUCGCCUAUUCGGGGAAUUUAAGAUUUGAUAUCGAAGUUGCAUUAGAACAACAAUUAGGGGCUUUACCCUUACCUUUUCCCGGCAUGGAUAAAUCGGGAGCAUCUAUAUGCGAUUUUUACCUUAGAGGCCUAUGUAGUAAAGGUUCAUCUUGUCCUUUUCGACAUGUUAAAGGUGAUAGGACUGUUGUCUGUAAACAUUGGCUUCGGGGUCUUUGUAAAAAGGGUGAUCAAUGUGAAUUUUUGCAUGAGUAUGAUAUGAGCAAAAUGCCCGAAUGUUAUUUCUAUUCUAGAUUUAAUGCUUGUAGUAAUAAAGAAUGUCCUUUUCUACAUAUCGAUCCAGAGGCAAAGAUCAAAGACUGUCCUUGGUAUGAUCGAGGGUUUUGUAGGCAUGGACCUAAUUGUAGGCAUAGACAUACUAGAAGAGUGAUUUGUCCUAACUAUAUGUGUGGGUUUUGUAUAGAAGGCCCUAAUUGUAAAUUUAUGCAUCCAAAAUUUGAUUUACCCAUACAGGAUCCAGGCCAACAACCUAAAAAGAAUACUAUUACUUGUCAUUAUUGCUCAGAGCCAGGUCAUAAGGCAAUUUCUUGCCCAAACUUGCCGCCAGAAGUACGAGAAGAACAAGGCAGUAGAGCAGCUGCACCAAAUACAACUGCACAACUUGUAAAUAUACAAAUACAAGAUGGUCUGAAAUCUGGAUACAGACCAAUUGAGCAAGUGACAUGUUUCAAAUGUGGCGAGAAAGGACAUUAUGCUAAUAAAUGUCCUAAAGGCCAUUUAGCAUUCCUUAGCCUUGCUUUACAGAACAAUCCUCGACCCCAAUUGCAGCAGUCAUAAAAAUUAUAGCAAGCAUUAUAAUCAUUAUUCAUUUAUUACGUCAUUUCACUUAGAAAUGCGUUUUUAAGUUUCUUAUAUGUUGCAUUAGAAGUAAAUGAAAAUUUAUCAAUUACUUUAUUCAUGAUUUGUUGAAAAUAUUUUUUUUUUUUCAGAAUGUUAUUUAUUUCAUUUUACUAAUAAUUACUUUUGGUUUAUUUUAAUAUAUAAAUUAUUUAGUAAAGUUUUAUA